GGAAGCGUCAAUAUGUAAACAAACACAUAAUGAUGCGAGUGCGCUGAUUACCGAUCCCCAUUUCAACUUCCAAGCUCAAAGUUUGUAAACUCGAACUCGAAGCUUCGUUCAAUAUACGCGUACAUACACCUAUAGAGUAAGGUAGCUAGUUCUACGUGAUAGUGAUAUCUUGAAAUUCGCAAAUACGUCAUUCUCUCUUCUCACAACUCGAAUCUUGAGUGCUGAUGACUUAUUCUUCUAAUUAGACAACGUGCAACAACGCCAGAGCCAUAGUGUCACUGACCUAUUUGUUUGGAAAAAUUUUCGAAAAGCGUAAGUGAAGUUUCAGAUUCAAAACUGGCUGCUCCACGCUUCGCGAUGACGUUUCCUUCGGCGACGGCGAGAUUGUUUUUGUUUUUAUUCAACGUUAUAUUUCUGGCGACAGGAACAGCUAUAGGUGUAACAGCCAUUUUGAUUGAAUUAUCAUUCUCCCAACAUUCGAUAUUCGUCCAAGAGAAGCUCACUUCGCCACCGAUAUUAGUUGCCAUCUCUUGCCUGGUCAUUAGCUUGGUAUCGAUAUUUGGAUGCUGCGGCGUUAUCAAAGAGAGUCGAUGCAUUUUAUACACGUUUUCCGUAUUGAUAUGUGCCGUUUUCAUCCUCGAAGUUGUUGCUGGAGUAUUCGCUUAUCAACAGGCCGGUGUCAUGAAAGAUUCGUUGAAGAGCAAGAUGAAGGAGUUACAAUACGAUUACAAUAAAAUUAACGAGACCAUAGUGAAACGUUCGUGGGAUGUACUUCAAUACGAUUUCCAAUGUUGUGGAAUUGAGAAAGCCGAAGAAUGGACAGAAAUUUUGCAUUCGUCAUCUUUACCUCAUUCGUGCUGCGGUGAGCUGCCCAUCGAUCGUACCUGUACCAUUAAGGAUGCCAGCAAGCUAGGAUGUAUUACACUUUUUGAAAAAUUUCUCAAAUCCAAAAUGGUAAUUGUAGGCGGAAUUGCCGUAUCAAUUGGUGGUAUCCAGUUACUCUGCAGCAUGGGAUCGUGCUUAUUGGCUCGUCACCUCAAUAAACAAUACGAAGUUGUUUAAAAAUACUCAGAAUUUGGUACUAAGCGCCAAAGUCAUCCAGUACCUACAUAACUAAUUAUUUGCGCAAAUAAAGAAAACUACUUCCACUCUUGCAGUCGAUAAGGCGAUACUAUACGUGAAAUUUCAUCAUGGCAUCGACAGCAACAGUCAACGUCAUAGACCUGGCCUGCUACAGGUGACUGCAGGCUGCAAUACAAGUUCACCAAAAUAUAAAAAACAAAAAAAAAAAAAAAAAAAAUACAUAUAUUCUAUAAGUAAACAUUUAUAAUGUAAGUACUACGAUUUUUUUUCAUUUCGUGACUAAUAUUAUACGUAAUAAAGGGAGGUUCCGAGAGCUCCUUCAACUAUUUGACGAAGACGAACAAACGGUACCUACUUGUAGUUCGAAAAAAAUUAAAUAUGAGUAGAUGAAGGGGCUCUCGAUGUUUAGGUACAAUGUGCUCAAAAAUAUCGAGUAUCGAGAACUUCGGAAAUUACAUUUUUGUGUUGAAAAGUAUUUAUAUAAAAUUUAGAUACCUUCUUAUAAGUAUACUAUCAAUACUACCAUAUCUACUUGUACAUAUAAAAUUUAAUACUCGUAACGUUGUCCUAUGUAUAGGUAGAUAGGUAGGUACGGUUCAACAUGUAGGAAUAACUCGAAUAGGUAGGUAUCUAAUAAGUGUGUUUAUAUUAUAACUAUCUAUCUACUGUAGAAUAAUCGUUUAAGUAUUUUGAAUUUGAAAUAAUUUAUAAAGCCAAAGCGAUAAAAUAAAAUGUUUCAAUGUA